AUGGAGGACAAAUACAUUGGAUUGAUUCUUGCGAUGACUUCCUCCCUUGCAAUUGGAAGCUCUUUCAUCCUUACCAAAAUGGGAUUGAACGCAGCAGCAGAACAAAACAAUUUCGAAGGUGCAGGCUAUGAGUACUUAAAAAAUCCUACUUGGUGGGGGGGAAUGGCCACUAUGGCUAUUGGAGAGGUGGCGAAUUUCGCUGCUUACACAUUUGCACCUGCCAUCAUGGUAACACCAUUGGGAGCGUUGUCUGUAAUUAUCGGUGCGAUCUUAGCAGCUGUCUUUUUGAAGGAAGAACUGGGGACUUUGGGCAAGCUUGGAUGUACCGUGUGUCUGUUGGGAUCUGUUAUCAUCAUUCUGCAUGCUCCCUCAGACAAAGAUAUUCAAACUGUGGACGAAAUUCUCGGAUAUGCCAUGCAACCUGCAUUCCUGUGCUAUAUACUAUCGGUUGCCCUUUUCACAGUCUUUAUGAUCACUAGAGUGGUCCCUACGCAUGGUACCAAGAAUCCUAUGGUCUAUAUUUCGAUCUGUUCUACUGUGGGGUCGAUUUCUGUGAUGUCCAUCAAAGCAUUUGGCAUAGCUUUGAAACUAACGUUGAGCGGGAACAAUCAAUUCACGUAUUUUUCCACGUACAUUUUCAUCGCAGUUGUAGCAGUCUGCAUCAUGACGCAAAUGAACUAUUUCAACAAGGCUCUAGACCAGUUUGACACUUCAAUUGUCAACCCAUUGUACUACGUUACCUUUACGACUGCAACUCUCGUGGCAUCUUUCAUUUUGUUCCGCAAUUUUGAUGAAAGCGAUCAAAAAGACUCGGUGUCGUUGGUAUGUGGGUUCAUUAUCAUCUUCACAGGCGUAUACCUAUUGAAUCUGGCUAGAAAGAAGAAUCACGACAAACUAUUCAGUCAUCAGUCAGAUGUGGAAAACAUCCCAUUAGACAACAAUGUCGGAGGCUUCACUGUGAGAAAGUCUUUCCAAGGUACACACCACAGAGUUGCGUCCCAAACCUACCAAAGCGAAGAAAUGGUUCAUCUAACAAGAGAUGAUCCAGAUCUUGAUAGAUUCAAGGUGUAG